GCAAAAAUGGAAAAAUCGCGAAGUAAACCUGGUUCGCUUUUGCUACUGAUUCUACUGGGCAUUUCUCUGGGGGAUGCCAUGGCCCUGGAGGACAUGGACUCCCAGGAGAUGAUCGACUUGACGGAUCUUGGGGACACUGUGUUCGGCAAUCCGGAUGUGGAGACCACUGGAGCUUUGGUCGAGGCACUCGAUGUGGAAUCCGCGCAGAAUCCCGAGGAACUGGGCACCUACCACGAAGGUGACAUCUUGAUUCCACUGAGCUACAGGAACGCCCGAUCCAAUGGCACCCGUAAUGGCAUUUUGGCGCUGAGCUCCCGCUGGCCGGGCGGCGUUGUGCCCUACGAGAUCAAAGGACCUUUCACUAGCCAGGAGUUGGGGAAUAUUAACAACGCCUUUAAGGAAUACCACAGCAGAACAUGCGUGCGCUUCAAGCCCAGGACCACCGAAAAGGAUUACAUCUCCAUUGGCAGCGGAAAGUCUGGCUGUUGGAGCAGCAUUGGUCGCUUGGGUGGUCGCCAGGAAGUGAAUCUGCAGUCGCCCAACUGCUUGCGCACAUACGGCACUCCCAUCCACGAGCUGAUGCACGCCUUGGGCUUCUUCCAUGAGCAGAAUCGUCACGAACGUGAUUCCUAUGUGCGUGUGAUGAAGGACAACAUUAAGCCCGAGAUGAUGAUCAACUUCGAGAAGUCCAGUUCCAAGACGCAGUACGGCUUCGGCGUGGAGUACGACUAUGGCAGUGUGAUGCACUACUCGCCCACCAGUUUCACUCGGAAUGGCCAGCCCACGUUGAAGGCACUGCGUUCCACAAUCGAUGCCAGCCAGAUGGGUCAGCGCAAGGGUUUCUCCGCCGGAGAUGUGCGCAAGAUCAACGCGAUGUACAAGUGCAAAGUAUAG